GAGGAAGAGGAGGUUUGGGGCUGGAGCUCAGGGGACGCAUAGAUCACAUCCGGGGCUGGUUUAUUCUAAUACCGAAACGUCCAACCCGGAAAAAAAAACAAGGCAAGUCUCCUGUAACCCGAUCACGCAAACAAAUAGAGGAUAGUGUGAGAGGCGUCGUGCACGCCGGGUCCAUCUGUAAAGUCUGGAGUCUGUAAAAGUUGUUUGAAAGUUCCUCUGAGGAUGAUCGCAGCCGCCGAGGCGGGCUCGGCGCUCUCCGCUUGGUUUCGGGGCGCUGGCUGUGGCGCACUCUGACUCUCCACAGCGGUGAUUAUGUGAUAGUGGCAGCAAUGCCGUAUGUGGACCGCUUGAACCGUGUGUGCGGCUUCCUGGACAUCGAGGAGAAGGAGAACAGCUGCCGCUUCCAGAGGCGAUAUUUCAUCCUCGACACGCAGGGGAAUGUCCUGCAAUGGUACAUGGACAAUCCACAGAACCUGGCCAGCGGAGCCAGCUUUGUUGGCAACCUGAGAUUAACCUACAUCUCUAAGGUGAGUGAAGCCACUGCAAAGCAAAAACCGAAGACCGAGUUCUGCUUCGUCAUAAAUGCAGUUUCACGGCGGUACUACCUUCAAGCCAAUGAUGCAGUCGACAUGAGGGACUGGGUGGAUGCUCUCAACAAGGCCAGCAAAAUCACCGUUCCUAAAUCCUGCCCGGCGCCUCCCAAAUCUGAUGCUAGCGCCGUGAUCAGUGACUCUCAGGGAGGGAGGAAACAACAGGCCUAUAAGACGGAGAUCAUUGGAGGUGUGGUGGUCCAUACUCCAAUCCAGAAUGAAACCGAAGAGACGGAGGGGAAGGAGAAGAAGGGAAACAGGCCUGGUGUGCUGAGAUGUGGUUUCUGUGUCAAACAAGGAAAUGUGAGGAAGAGCUGGAAGAGGCGUUUUUUCACCCUGGGCGACAAUGCAGUCAGCUACUACAAGUCUGACACGGACAAGGAGCCUCUCCGCAGUAUUCCACUCAGAGACAUUCAAAAGGUCCAUGAAUGCCUCGUCAAGUCAGGGGACCUUUUGUUUAGAGACAAUCUAUUUGAGAUCAUCACCAACUCCCGAACUUUCUACAUCCAGACAGACACCCCGGAGGAAAUGCAAGGUUGGAUCAGGGAUAUUGACAUGAAAAUUCGGGAAUUCAGAGGACCUCCACAGUUUAAGCGAGUGUCGUCUCUCCAUCAAAAGCACAAUCCCAGCGGUGCCUCUCGUCAGCAGAGUAACGAGGCACGGCCCCAGCUGGUCAAGUCCUGCUCUGUGGCUCCAGGCUGGCAGCCAUGGACCCCCGUUCCUCCUGGUGAGCCGUCCAUCAUGGACAUGGAGGACGAAGACAGCCCGUUCAGUCCUGUCCCCACUCUGCCUUCUCUCUCCUCCUCGUCCACUUCCUCAUCCACAUCAUCCUCCUCCAACUCCUUGUCCACGCCAACCCCGUGUCCCAGUGCGUCCCAGGUGCCUUCGAUCAGCGGGCUGGGGAUGCUCACAGCAUCGGCAGACGCCGCUAGCGGCCGGCGGCGGCACCGCUCGCACCCUCAGCAUCACUCCUCCUUCCCCUUCAGCCUGGAUGACGACAGCAUCCGCACAACAGACGUGUAACGCUGAGCGGUCUGUGCAGACUCUGGUGUGGACUAAAGUGUUGGUACCUUUUUAAGUGAUGAAUGUUACUGAUAAUGGUGGUAUACCCUGCUAAUGAAGAGACGAUGUGUCUAUGGCCAAAGUGUCAAACUCCAGUCCUCAAGGGCCAGUGUCCUGCAACUUUUAGAUGUGGCUCUGCUGCGCCACACCUGAAUAUAAUAAUUAGGUCAUUAGCAAGGCUCUGGAGAACUUAUCUACAUAAGAAGGAGGUAAUUAAGCCAUUUUAUUCCAGUGUUUUGUAUCUGUGGCACAUCUAAAAACUGCAGGACAGUGUCGCUUGAGAACUGGAGUUUGACACCUGAGUUCUAUUGUAUGAGUUUGGGUCCACCUGCUGGUGGUGAUACUGCUUUGCAGACGAAGGAUGCACCCACCUGGAAGGAGGAAAGGAACUGUUUUUAUUGGUCCAAGGACUGUGAAAAGGAGUGAUGGAGUAUUUUAGUGCAACUUCCACUGAAAACUUGAAUAAUCUUGUUAGUUUUCCUUUUUUUUUUUAAACUUAAAAAUGGCGGCACAUGCUUUCAGACUCCUGCACUUGGCCUCAUAUUCGAAUCAUUGACACAUGGACUGUGCUUUGCAAGACAGUUAUUAAACAAAAUGUUUAAAGGAAUUUUAACACUUCUAAAAAAUUUGGUUUUUUUAUAUUCAGACAUCUCAAAAAUAUACUAUCAGCUUAUUUUCACACUUUGUUUCACGCAUGCCAGCAGUGUUUUCCAGUCAUUCAUUCCUGAAACACAUUCUCACAAAGAAACAAUAACAAAAUCUGCAUAUAGUUAUGCUUUACUCAUUUGUAUUCUUAACAGCUUUCAUGUAUUUGCUCUGUUUCUGUUUUUUUUUUAUUAUUUCUGCUUGAAGAUCAACUGUCGGUUAACUGUGAGUCCGUUUGAAGGUUGAAGCUCGGUACCAUGAGAAUGCUGCAGUGCUGCAGUGGUACUUGUAAAACAUCCUGCUGGUAUCAAACCACAGCUCAUGAUUGCAUCAGCUGCUUUGGAAAUGGAAAUGUGAUUGUUGUUUUGCAGCAUUACGUGGGACGUUUUUGCCACUACCUUUGAACUGUAAUUCUGCACUUUGCAUUAGUACGUGCAUGUAUGUGUGUGUAUGUUGUUGUUUUUUUGGUAUAGUUUUGACUAAUCUUUCACGGUGGUUAACUAUACCUUCCUCAUGUGCUCAGUGUUGCUACACUAGCGUAUGCUGAUGCUUCAUUGAUGUGGUACUGUGUUCAUUCCUGUUUCCAUUCUCUGAAGUGUGUGCACUUAUCUACCUGCAUGUCAUGGUAGUUCUUUCUCUAAUAUUAAAUAAUGCUUUAUA